AUGCUUAUAAGGGUUCAUCGUGAGAUCUAGUUAUUUUCAUUCUUGUGGUUGUAUAGCUUGGCCGUCGGAAAUGUCCUCGACUUUAGGUGCCCAGCGCCUUGUCGCGCCUCCAGCGCACGCCAGAUCUUCAAUCCAAUCUCCUUGCACUUUGCUGCCGCAUGCGCCAACGAGGCGUGGGACCCAGCUCCGUGCCUCGGCUCCUCAACAGCGGCGGAUACAACGGCGAGGCCAAGUGGUCGUCUGUAGUAGCGAUGUCGCAGUUCAGCAAGCUAGUACAUCGUCCACAGGCAAGGCAGUGCCCAAAUCGACUGUGUGGGAAAUUGACUUCUGCUCCCGUCCACUGCUGGAUGAGCGUGGAAAGAAGGUUUGGGAGCUCCUGAUUUGCGAUCCAGAGCGCAAAUUUGAAUACUCGGAGUAUUUUCCAAACAGCAAGAUCAAUAGCGCUGAGCUCAAGCGCGCCAUUGAGCGCAUCCUCGCCCAGGCCGGCGCCCAAAGACCUGAGAAAGCGCGGUUCUUCCGGAGCCAAAUGCAAACCAUCAUCACUAAGGCCCUGACGGACUGCCAGAUCAAGGCAGUGCCUAGCCGCCGCUGCUUCACUGUUAUGUCAUGGAUUAACGAACGGCUAGACUCGGUUUACAAAACCGACCCGCGUUACAGCGACAAGGCGCAGUCGCUCUUCCAGCUGGACCUGGGCCCACCUGAGGCGCUGCCUGACGCGCUUCGCGGAGAGCAAUGGGCGUUUGUGCAGCUGCCGCUAGGAACGCUUCUCCAGAUGCUGAGAAAGGUGGAGGAGGGUGAGAUUUUUGGCGGGACGUUUUCGCUGGGGACGGCAGGGCUGCAGGACCUGCCCAUGGAUAUCCUCAUUCCUGGCGUAGUGGUGUUCAGCAGGCGUGCUCUGCCCCUGGCAGCCUGGACGAAUGGCUUAGAAAUCGCGGCUGUCAAGGCCGACGUCCAGCGCUCUUGUCUUAUCCUUGAAACGGGGGUGAACCAACGGUGGAAGUAUGGCAGUUGGCGACCGAACGAAGACUCAAUCGGCGAGGCGGAGGGUUGGGAGAUCGCCAAGGAGGGCGUCAAGGGUCUGCAUUUCCUGGCUGUGCAGCCCGACCCAGACUCUGAGGAACUCAACGGACUUUGGUUGCUGCAAGACUGCGAGCCGCCCAGUAUCUAACGGGGAACAACCGGUGUCAUUCUAAAGAGCGAGCAGCGAAAAUAUGAGUGUCGUGAUAGUGACAAAGGCAUGAGACCCCGAUCAUCCUGGCGGGGAUUAGGGUUUAGGGAUUGGGUUGGGCGGUUGUCUUUUCCAUGAGGUUCAUAAGGUAGUUUCGUGGUCGUCUGUGCGCUACGGACGCUGCAACUGUGGGAAGCUGUCAGGGGCGCUGAUACGCCGUGGAAAAGCGCGAAUGGAGGAACGAGGGUGGCUAUGGGAUAUUAUGACAGUGACUGCGCAGUUUGGAUGUUCGUAUGUAUGCGCCUAGAUACAGAUGUUGGGUUGCGGUCAACCCUGGUGUGGAAUAUGCGGCAUGAGACCCGCGGCUGUUAAGUAGACACUGCUUUGGCAUUUUGUACAAUGAGAGUCAGCUCAGGUCUACUGCGAUGCAGCCGGGUGCGACAUGCCAUUUCCCUGCCAUGCGAAAGCUUUUCGGGUGCGAGAUUGGAGUUUCCUAUAUUAAAUGGACAGUUGCCCAUUUAACUUGCGUGGAGAGGGGAAAGUUAGCAUCAUGGUAGGCAAAUUUAAACUGAAACAGUCUACGGCUGUCGUCUGGAUGUUUCGUACGCAUAGGGUUACGGGCUGGACGCGUACGGUUGCAGUGAUGCGGACGCGCAGCAGCUGAUUAUGCGGUCAACUAUCAAUACGGAUUUGAGCUAACCAAUUUAAUCAAAGAGAUGUUGUACCGUGUGCACAGGAAGUGUGACAAGGGAUAAGUGCUAUGGAUUUUGGUGAUGGUUUUGAACAGCAACGUUGUCACGAAAUGUAAGAACCCGCGAAAAACUGUUCGGCGUUACGUUUAGCUGCUUUUCACACCGCAUCAGGCGCAUUCGGCAUGAAGACAGCCUUUUGUCCAGUUCCAUACGCCACCGCCAGAGAAAGCGCACCCACCGCCACUGUGCCCUUCCGGUAAAAUCCUCAAACACAAUUCCACAACCCAAAUUUGUCAACGAAAAAAGAAUGCAGGCCCAGAUCAUAUCCUAUUAAUGUAUCUGAGGCCACGGUUUAGCCUAUUGGGAGAAGCGCCAUGUAUCGCUCACAUCGUGCAUUUGUUACCUGGAUGAUGGGACCCGCCGCACUCUUCCAACCCACGGUACAACUCUGGAACAUGCAAGAGAAGAACGCAGGUGCUAAAAUACCAACAUGACAAAACGCACAUGACGCAAGGACAAGCUCCCGAGGAACAUCAGCAGGACCAUGAGCGCCAAAUAACAAUAGCCACUCGGCCCAGGAUGGUCCGGGGCUCCAGCCUGAGCGCGCGUCGUUGGAGUCUUUUGGCAUUCCAGAUCUUGUGGGUCGUGCCAUCCAAAACUUCAUGGAAAAAGACCAAAAAGAAAAGCGAGGCCAGCACUACAACGUAACCGUCGAUACACAACGUCGGAGCUAUAGCUAACAUUUCUAACCAUGCAGGCCAUCGGUCCCUAUUUAUAAAAGCAAGUCUUUGCAAGCCCCCAUCCGAGUGCAUCUGUCAGUAUAAUCCACACAGUACGUAUACCGGCAUGUCAUGUCUCCCACCAAACAAUAUCAAUCUUCCCCCACGCGAGUACAGCAAUCCAACAUUCCGAAGGCCACAUGCAACAUCUAGUGAUGUAAGGCGGGGCCAUAAUUAGCAUAAACCCGCAGAACAGCAGGCCGCGGCAUCAUGAUCUAAGACCCCUGCGCCGCUCACUUUUACACCCAAUUGGUACUGCCUCGUAUAUUUAUGGGCCUGACGUAAUUGUAGACCCCAAUGCGAGUCUCCUGAGCGCGCACCUGUGCGUUUUGAACGAAAACUAGACCUUCACAUAAGCCAUAAUGAACGUAAGAAAAUCGUGUAGCCUAUCCAUGUCUAACAAUAUCGGACUGCCAAGCCGGGUAAUUCCACGACUACCACUCAGAUAUCUAAGGCCUAAGCCUGCGUGGGUACGGCUGCCAUGGCUGCGGUGGCAGCUCCUGAGACGGCCGGCACCUCCACCAGGCCCUUGGCCUUCCGGUCUGCAGCCGACAGCUCGGUGUAUUUCUGGCGCUCUACCGCCGUCAUGCCGCGCCACAUCUCCCCAACCCUCUUCGUUAUGUCCACCGCGGACAGGCCAGGGUUGGCCGCCAGCACCACCGGGCGCUGCUCAGCAUAAAAGAACAUGAACGCAUUCCUGGGCCGGCGUGCGGCGCGCUCCGUCGCGAGUUUCUCGCGUGCCUGUUGCGCCUCCGCCUUAGCGGCCGC